CACCAGGACCUGGGAGAAUAGUUGUUUACCAGGACCCUCCAAGGGAUAACAAGGUCUAACAGCCAAAAACUGCUGGAAAGCCAAUUUAGACUGGAGGUAAGGAAGUACUUCUUUACAGUCCAGGUGUCCAGGGUCUGAAACAGACUCUCCCCAGAGGUGGUGCAAGCAUCUACUUUGGACUCAUUCAAAAAAAUUUGGAUGCUUAUCAUGCUGGGAUCAUUUCAUCCUAGCAGAAUUCCUGUCUAUGGCAAGAAGGCUGGACUCGAUGAUCUUGCAAGGUCGUUUCCAGCCCCUAAUGUCUAUGAAAUCUGACCUCAGCACUGAGGUGGGCAGAAGAUAAUCACAUACUCAAGAUUUCAGUUUCUCUACCUCACUUCUUUUUCCAUGUCAUUCUCUAGGUAUUCCCUAAAUCUAGAAAGCCAGGAUUGGAAGUGGCUUCUUUCUGAUCUGAGUUGGGUUUCCUGGGUGUGCCAAUUGACAUAUCUGUAACAAUAGCAAAGUGUUGUGCCAGUGCACCAUGAAUGAGCUGGGCAGCAGAAGCAGAGGGCCUCUGACCAUCCCAAAAAAUCUCCAUUAGCCUACCAGUGUAUAUUUAUAUAUAGUGUACUGGUGUUAAUUAUGGUUCCUUCAUUUUUAAAUUGAUUUUAAGAAAACGUUUUAAAGGGGAAUUAUAUUGAGAUGUCAUCCAAGACUAUUUUUCCACUAGAGAGUCAGUUACACUUACAAAGCUGGUGUUUUGUAAGGAGUGUGGUCUGUUAACAUUCACUUUUCUUCCUUAAUAUAACUUUGCAACUGAAGCUGAAACAUCUUCAUUUUUAAAUAUUAUUUAAACCACCUAAAAUAGGGGGAAAAGACAAAAAAGGCACAGGUAUUUUUUUUCUUUUAGUAAUGAUAAACUAAUUGUGAAUCAGGUUGAGCUGAUGCCCGGAUAAACUUCCAUAAAGCUCAUUUGACCAAGCACUUGUUGGAGCUGUAGUCUAAUGGUACUCUAUCCAGAUUCCAUCACUUUUGUUGGGUGUCCUUUGGUCUUUUCAGGCUUCUUUUAAGUUUUCUGUAAAAUCAAAAUUUUAAAAAUAAUUCUUAUGAAUGAAGGUUAAUUUCUCAAUUUUACUUAGGCCAGGAUUACAUAGGAAUAAAGGAAUUGGACCCUAGCGCUUCAUCUAGUAGAGAGAUCCCAAAGAAAACAAUUCUUUAGAGCCUUUGAGGACAUUGUAUGGAUUAAUGGAUCCAGCAAAAGCCAAAUUAACAUGAUAUGCCUACGUAGGAGAUAUUACCAGCAGUUGUACUAAAUACUUCACUGCUCAACCAGUUGCUCAGGUAUUCUGGCUGUCUUUGUUGCUAUGGGAGAUUGGAAGACUAUUACUGUGCCAGCGCUGUCAUCAGUUUUAGAUAGCAAAAAUACUUCUCAAUAUACCUCAGAAAAAAAGAUGUCUCCCUCAAGCUUAAACAUGCAACAAGUGCUACGCUUGCCACUGCCUUCAUCCAAAAGUAUGAACAGCUUUUUCAGUGCCUUCUGCACAGAAGAGAAUGUUGAACAGAGUAUAUCCUAUCUUAAUAGGGAGUUGACAACACUGGGUUUCCCUUCACUUUAUGCAGAGUCCAAAGGUAAAGAAUUAAACUUAAUAUCUAUCUUAAAUUGUAUGAAUGAACUACUUGUACUUCAACGCAAGAACCUCCGAGCUCAGGAAGAGAUGGAAGUGCAGCACUUGAAAUUGGGUAGUGAUAUGGAUCAUCUGCAGAACUGCUAUGCCAAACUAAAGGAGCAACUAGAAGCCUCUAAAAGGGAGAUAGUUGGACUUCAGGAAAGAGACAGACAGCUUCAGUGCAAAAACAGAAAUCUGCACCAAUUACUUAAAAAUGAAAAGGAUGAGGUGCAGAAAUUGCAGAAUAUUAUUGCAAGUCGGGCUACUCAGUACAAUCACGAUAUGAAAAGAAAAGAAAGAGAAUACAACAAACUAAAAGAACGAUUGCAUCAACUAGUUAUGAACAAAAAGGAUAAAAAGAUAGCUAUGGAAGUUCUAAAUUAUGUAGGUCGAGUUGAUGGGAAGAGAGGUGGUUGGAGAACUGAUAAAACAGAAGCCAGGAAUGAAGAAGAAAUGUAUAAAGCUCUGUUAAGGGAUUACGAGCAAUGCCAAAAACAACUUCUAGUAGAAAAUGCUGAGCUGAGGAAAGUUCUUCAACAAAUGAAGAAAGAAAUGAUUUCACUCCUCCCCCCACAGAAACAGAAACCUAGAGAAAGAUCUGAAGAUGGUAUUGGACCAGUGCUGUCAGAUAUAGAAGAAGAUGUUGGGGAAUUAAAUAAAGAGAACAUGUGGGAACUCUCCUGUGAAACCGUGCGAGAGCAACUGACCAACAGCAUUAGAAACCAGUGGAGAAUGCUGAAAAAUCAUGUUGAAAAAUUGGAUAACCAAGUGUCACGUGUGCAUUCAGGUGCUCUGACUGACAAAGAUGUAAUCUCAAGAGAGGACCAUGAAUUGGAAACUGAGAAGUUAGAGUUAGAAAUUCAGCACUGCAAAGAAAUGAUUAAAACUCAGCAACAGCUCUUGCAGCAGCAGCUUAUGUCUCCAUGUGAUGACGAUACCACUGUGUUACUACAGGACUGUUAUUUGCUGGAAGAAAGGGAACGUCUCCAGGAAGAAUGGAAACUAUUUAGAGAACAAAAAAAGAACUUUGAGAAAGAGCGAAGAAGUUUUACAGAAGCUGCAAUUAGACUAGGACUUGAGAGGCAGGCCUUUGAAGAAGAUAGAGGAACAUGGCUGAAGCAGCAGUUUCUAAGCAUGACUUGUGAUUCCAAGUACUCGGAAAAUGUGAAAACUCAAAGUGCUACCUCAGGAAGUUCUGAUCAAGACAAUCAUUUAAUGAACACCAGGUCUCAGCAAAAGAAACCUCGCUCCCUGUCUAGUGUACCAACCUCAGCAGAACUUUGCCAGACAAUUCAGUAUACUCCUUAUAGCAGUCCAUGUGCUGUAUCAAAUAAAACCACUGAAGAGAGCAAACCAAAUCAGUGGGAGGAAAUCUACAAAGAAGAAACUGAGUAAUGCUUCAAGAUGUGGAUCACAGGAAGAUUAUAGCUGAUACUCUGCUGCAUAUAAACUCGCACAUAGAAAAUAAACUGCCUUAGACUUCC